AUGAUUUUAGUGGUCAUUUCAAAGAGAAAGAAGAAAAGAGAGAUUCAAGUUCACUUAAAGACUUUGGGUCAAAUUACCUUUUUGAAAGAAAAUGAAUGUGGUUUUUCAUAUGUAUAUUUAGUUAAAGACUCACACACAUCUAAACACUUUGCAUUAAAGAGAAUCAUGGUUCGUGAUAACGAUGGUUUGGCUGAAGUUAAACAUGAAAUUGAUAUUAAUAAAAAACUAAAUCACAAGAAUAUAGUAAAGUUUUUGGAUUAUCAUCAUUCAAAAUCAUCAAAUGAAAUAUUUAUAUUAAUGGAAUAUUGUUCUGGAGGACAUUUAGUAGAUUUAAUGAUGAAAAGACAAAACAAUCGAUUUAGUGAACAAGAGAUAUUGGCAAUAUUUUCAGAUAUUUGUGAAUCGGUUGCGCAUAUGCAUUCGGUACAACCAUUGAUCAUUCAUCGAGAUUUAAAGGUAGAGAAUGUUUUGUUGGAUGAAGAGACGGGACUGUACAAACUAUGUGAUUUUGGUAGUGCAACAGAGGAAAUUGUCAAUCUCAAAAACAAGUCAGAGAUGCAGAGAGCAGAGGACGAUAUAGCACGUCACACAACUGUACAAUACCGGUCGCCUGAAAUGAUUGAUUUGUAUCGAUCCAACGUCAUCAACGAAAAGGUCGAUAUAUGGGCACUGGGUUGUCUGCUCUACAAACUACUAUUCUACACGACACCAUUCGAAGAGGCUGGAUCCCUCGGUAUUCUCAACGGAAACUAUACCAUCCCACCCUCUCCCUACUCUUCCGAUAUUAUCAAUCUCAUACGAUUCAUGUUACACCCCGAUGUUGAUCAACGACCAGAUAUAUACUAUGUAACCAACACCACUAUGAGAAUGAGAGGAAUGAAUCCACUCUAUCCUGGAAGAGGGUCACAAUACAUCAACUCUUUUACAUCUGAUCCUUAUUUAUCACCACCUCAAGUUCAACAAAUACAACAACAACAGCAGCAGUCUUCAUUAUCAACGUCAAGAGAAGAAGCUCACAAGAAAUCAUUAUCUCAACCAUUACAACAUCAAAAACCUUUGCCAUCAGUACCGUCGUCAUCGACCAAACCACUACCAGCUCAUCCACAACAACAUCAAUCACCAAUUGAUAUGUCUGCAUUUAAUGAUUUUGAAUUAUCUGGUAGUCAAUUUAAUGAAGAAGAGGUAUCACCACAUAUGCGUAGACGAUCACCAAAUAAUCAAAAUCAACAACAACAACAACAAAUGUUUAGUAGUGCUGCCAACAAGAGACGUGCCAAUAUUAACAAAAAUACUCCAAAUGUUACACCAGUUCAACAAGUAAAUGGUGGAAAAGUAGAUCAAUUCAAUUUAGAUGGUUCAGCAGUACAAACCAAUUAUGAAUCAGCUCCUCCAAUUGUAAUUGAUGAUAUGACAAAUUUAAUCAUCAUAUUGACAAAUCCAAGUGAUCCUACAAUUGAUUCUGAAUCUUUUUCAAAAUUAAAAAUAUAUUCAACCUAUCCAAAAGGAAUAAUGCAAGAAAUUGUAAAAAGACCUCUAAGAGAACCAGUUGUUUGUUUAAAAUCUUUAAUUGUAGUCCAUAAAUUAUUAAUUGAAGGUCAACAACCUUUUAAAAUGGAUGCAUUUGAUAAUAGAGAUUUAUUUCAUAAUUUACAUCUUGGUUGGUUAAAACAAAAAGAAAAAUUUUCAUUAAUUAGUGAAUAUUUAUCACAAUAUUCAUUAUUGACACAUAAAUUGGUAUUAUUUCAUCAAAAGAAUUAUUUUAUUGAAGGAGGAUUUCCAUUUGAUGAAACAAGAUGGGGUAGUCCAGAUUCAUUAGAUUCUUCGCAUCCAAUCAGUAUUACUACAGUGGCAUCAUUAUUGUCAGUUCUCGAACAAGUUUUCCAUUCACAAAAUUCCGUUUCCGAUUUGGUGAUGAAUACCAAUGCCUCGGCAUCGAUGCCAUUGCCAUUGAUCACGCAAAGCGUAUCACUUCUCAACACACAAUCCUAUGCCAUCUAUUGUUUUGUCAAUGGGUGUCUCAACGUACUCACCAGAAUAUCGGCACAGGACAGUUGUGCCGAUGUGUUGCCAAGUCUCAUCACACGAUUCCACUCGUCUCACCAAAUGUUGCGUGAAAACUACCACAAACUGAGCUCACUCCCUCCAUUUGCCUCUGAAAUCUUUUUCCCAACACUUCAAAAGUCGCCACCCAUCUUUAACCUCACCACCACAACAGGCAGUGGUAACAACACCCAACCCUCAUCACUCAACUCGAGUGGAUCUCAUCCACAUGUCCUCAGACGAAGUGGAAGUACCAAUAAUCCAUUUGAUACGGGAAGCAAUGAACCCUCUUUUAAUCCAUUUGACGAUAACUUUGGAGCCAAUCCAUCCACUCCAAUAGUAUCACCAAGAGUUUCAGCCAAUAAUAUUCCUCCCACUUUUGUUCCCAAUAAUGUAAAUAAUAAUAAUAAUAAUAAUAAUAAUAAUAAUGGUAACAAUAAUAAUCCUGGAACUGCACCACAUUCUCCAGUCAUGUCAAAGAGAAAUGUACCAUUGGUUCGUGGAUUCCCUCACUCUGCAUCACUCGAUGACGCCCGUCUAUAUACACUUAUUCUCACGCCAUCACCAUCUCCUCCACUGUCGCCAUCAUUUAGUAAUCGUAUGGCCUAUAACCAACAACUUCAACAUCAUCAACAAAUUGCAGCUCAACAAUUACCACCAAUAUCUUCUCAACAUCAUCAACAACAACAACAGCAACAACAACAACAACAACAACAACAAUUACCACCAUUACCAUCUCAACAACAACAACAACAAUUACCAACUCAACAAUUUGAACAAUUAUCAAUUCAUAAUAAUAAUAAUAAGCAACAACAACAAAAUACUUCAUUUUUACAAGCACCACCUAUAACAUUAUCCAAUUCAAUGGGAACACAUCAACAACUUGGUUAUUCCAACUCUGGAGGACAAAACACACCAAAUAUAUUAAAUUCCAGUACUAAUAGUGCCAGUAGUAGUAACAAUCCAUUUGAUCAACAAUCUCCAAUGUACCAACAUCCAAUCAAGAAUCAGGCAGGUAAUUUAAUGCCACCACCAGCCAAUAGAGGACCAGGAUCACUUUCAUCGUCUACCAUGGGCAUGGUGGCACCAAACUCUCGUGGCGAUACUAGAGGACACAGACGUUCACAGAGUAGUACGACAGAUGAAAUCAGACGUAGAAAUAUGCUUCAACAACAAUUGGAACAAAACAGAGAUUUUGUAAACUAUCAACGACAACAAAUUAGAAUGAAUCAAGUUAAUGAUUUGGCUUCUCCAAAUAAUAAUAAUAAUAAUAAUAAUAUUAAUAAUAGUAAUAACAUACCAACCACCUCCUCUAGUACAGUUACGCUUGGUGGUCAUACCAAUAACAUUAUACAACCUCCACAAAAACCAAUAACUUUUAUAGACGAGGAAGAGGAUGACUUUGAUGAUUUUGAUGAAAGUGUUGGAUCUUCAUUAUUAAAAUAA